GAUUUACCCUAGAGUAUCACAUCAGAGGCACUGACCACACGUGUAGAGAAAUUCCUUUAGGUAACCUUACUACUGUUGAUUUUUUUUGGAGUGACAGAGGACACCAAGAUGAAGUGCCCAGAACAAAACGCGUAUUCAAUUUAGAGCCAUUCGGCUGUACAUCGACUUCAGAGGCUUUACCCCGGGCUAACAUUACACUGGGGAAGUGAAGUAAAGACAGAGUGGCACUAUUGCAUGGAAGGACGCGUUUUAGCCACGUUGUAAUCGAAAUACAGUGUUUACUGUAACAUCAUCAAACGAUGGAGUAUCUACCUAACUCCAAUUCGAAAUACAAAGAUGUGGACUACUGGGACGAGCGAUACAAGAGCGAACACAGUUUCGAAUGGUUUGGGGACUUGUCCAAGUUCCAUCACUUACUCCAGCGUCAUGUCAACAAAGAAGAUUCCAUAUUAGUUCUUGGCUGUGGGAACAGCGCCAUGAGUGUGGACAUGUACCGGGCCGGCUUCACCUCCAUCACCAACAUAGACUACUCCUCCAUCUGCAUUGACACCAUGGCGCAUCGUCACGCUGACUGUGCGGGCAUGAGCUGGCACUGCAUGGAUGCGCGCCGGCUGGACUUCACCGAUGGCUCCUUUGACGUGGUGCUGGAGAAGGGCACACUGGACGCCAUGCUGGUGGACGAGAAGGACCCCUGGAGGGUGUCUGAGGAGACUGCCAGACUGAUGCACCAGGUCCUGAAAGAGGUCAGUCGUGUUCUGAAACCAGGUGGACGCUUUGUCUCUGUGACUUUCGCCCAGCCUCACUUCCGGAAGCCACUGUACGCUCGGGCAGAGUACGGCUGGUCCAUCCGACAUCAGGACUACGGCCACGGCUUUCACUAUUUCCUGUACGUGCUCACCAAAGGGGAGGAGCUUAGCCAAGAGGACGCUGCCUUGGAACAGAGGGUGCGGCUUGAGGCAGCGGCCCCGCCCACUGCCGCUGUCGUCUUUCAGGAAGCUGAAUCUGAGGACUUCCUUACCAACAUAAAUCUGUAGAGUCAAUGGGACAUUCAGGACAUUCAGGACAUUCAGGCCUUUGCACAGAUCUUAAUGGAGGUGAAAAUUACAAGCAGUGCACUCUUGGAAGUAUUACUGGUCCCACUUUAAAUUGAAUGCCUGUUGUGCCUACAAACGCCUCUGGGUUGUGUGUGAGAGCUGGGAUUAAGGUUUGAUUAAGAGGUUAGGAUUAUCUGACAAUUUACAGGUUAUUCAGAUUAUGGUUUACAGUUGCAUGAUGGGUCAUGGCAAAAACACAGGCUUUCAGGAUAACACGUUACCACCUAUGUGUAAUAAUACGUUUCAUACCUCUUGUGUAUUAAUGUAAGAUUUUCAUAAACCUGAGAAAUCUUGAACUGAUAUUUUUAUAUGAGAUCUUUACAGAUAAAACUUUUUUUUUGCGACAGACUCAUCUGUCAAUGCUUCAGAUAGAGAUCCAGGCAAAGCUUUAGUAAUGUACCUCGGAGUGAUUGUUGCUGUUUACUUUGUUCUUGUAUACAUUCCUCACAUCUAAAUUCACCAUCACUGUCUCUGUGUUUUCUCUCCAAAAAUGAAACAUUUCUAAAUUCAACACAUCUUCUGACUAUCAAAGCAUCUCUCUCCCUCCCUCUCUCGCCCCCCUCCUCUCUUUCUGCGGGUCUGCCUGACGACUCACUGUACUGUCAGUCUGGGCUCUGCGUUCGCCUGCGCACCUGUGUUGACGCUGCCAUGAGGCAGAGGUUGGUUCUGGGUGGCAGCGGGCUGUCGACUCUGAGCGAGGCCUGUCACACAUCACAGGAUCUGAGGAGACAAAGAAGAAAAGGCAGAAGGGAACACAGGGAGAGGGAGACUUCUGAAUUUGUUGAAGAAACAUUGCAUAGAGACUUUCACCAGCUGCCGCUUAAAUAUAGACCAGUCAUACAGAGUGCCUAACAGCCCAUUAAUAAGGCAGAAAUCAUUUAUUUUUAAUUCUCCUCUGAAAUGUAAUUACAGUCUAUUUUUAAAGACCUGUGAGAGAGGUGGCUGAUUUCUGAGCCUGGCUUCUCUCUGCUGAUAAUCUAGAUGAUUGCAGUUCAGUGGCUGUUUUGCCAUAUAUUUGAUGUUGUCAGUGUUUUAGCUGUUAUCCAAUUGGUGGUGGUGGUCCUAUAAAUUCUGGCUAAGAGGUACAGUAUACUCAUAGCUUGGUGAGGUUAUGGGCAGGUAGUUUCAGCUCCUCUGCCCUCUCAACAGGCGACAUUUGGCAAAAAGUCCUUUUUGUUUUAGUUUAAAUGCCACCCACAAGUGUUGAGGAAUAUAUUGGAUUGUAGAGGUAGAGAUGGUGGCCUUAAAGCAGCAGUAAAGGGAUUUUGGUCUAAAACUAUAGAGGGAGUUUAUAACCUAAAAGGUAUGCAAAAGCCUUUCAGGUGCGACCAACAGCCCUGUUGUCACUGAGAAAAGCUUGUUAACACCAUAACACCAUAGAAAUGGAACUACAAAAGUGCAUAUCCUGGAUGGCUAGUGGGAAUGACACGUGUUUAUCUGUCCUUCAUAUGACUAUAUACUAUCAAAAUGAAUUUGAAAAUGAUACCAGAACUAGAACUGGUGAGGUUAGGUGCAGGUAAAUUCAGGUACCCACAGGCAACUCAAGUCAGGAAGUCCUUUUGCUAAGAUUAAAUGUCACCCGCUAUCUGGUGUCAGGCCAUUCUUUAAACACCUCAUCUAUGAUCUCGGAAAUGCUAAACCGUCUGCUUGUCACCCUUAUCGCAGGCUAACGUAAUGGAGGCCAAUGCCUUGGGCUUAUUCUAACUCUGGUUUGUUCUGUGAUGGUAAUAUUGUGUGUGUGUGUGUGUGUGUGUGUGUGUUUAUGGCUUAAGUUUACCCACUCAUAAGUGCAGUGCAUCAUUGCACUCACAAAAGAAAAGGGCCGCCACUACCUUCAAUAGGCUUUCUAUCAAGCGUCACAACUGUCUACUGACAUGUGUGAUCGAUCAGAUGUUGUAACCCUUUCCACUUUGUGUGUGUGCUUCGUUGUGUUGCAUUGUGGUGCUAUCAGGUUUCCGCAGUGAUAAAUGAGAGUGGCAUGCUCUGGCUGUAAUAACAAGAUUGUGGUAAAGAGCCUGGCACCACACUCGGCUGGCAAGACCCACCGCUUACGCAACCCCAACGCUGCCACCAUGGCCACUGCACCACCGGAUCGGAAAUUGAAAACGGAUGCUUGAACCUUGGACUCCGGCCCAGACUCAUCCAUCUAGCUGACAAGAGGGCGGAUGCUAAACUUCUGAAUGGCUUAAGCAAGCACACAGGUGGGAUUGUGGACCCGAGACGGGCUUUGUGUGGCUUGGCCCCAGACUAAGGCAAAGUAAUACACAGAUCCAAAGCUUAAUCUAACACCCAGGACUCACUCCUCAUUUCUCCAGGGGAGCUCAAUACAAAUCACACUGCGGUCUUGAAGAAAGUGCCAGCCAGGCCUUUGGCAAGUAUUAAGUCCCUUUAAUUUCUGGCUUUUUCCCCCCAAAACACACAGCCCACCUCCCCUCCCCACCCCCAAUUUGAUUCAUCACCCUAAUCUAUUCCCUGUGUUACAUAACGGCCGUCGAGGUGAUCUGCAGCACUGGGGUGGCAGUCCUGGCAUCCAUUUUGGGUCAAUAACAUUUGUUGUGGUGCUCUACAUCCAGGCCAUACUGGGAGGGUUUUUUGUUGUUGUUGUUGUUGCUCAAUUUUACUGCUGUUAGUGGCUGCUAUCUGCCCGACAUGCUUUCUUGCGCAAGGGCAUGAACAAAAACAAAUAGUGUACUUAACACUCUCACUCCUCUUCCACUCUCUCUCUCUUUGUUAUCCUUAAUGAUUUGUCAGAGAGCAUUCUGGCAUUGGGAAGCUUUAAAGUGACUGGACUCAAACUAGAUACACCACAGAGUGCAUUAACUCUCACAGGAUUUACCGACAGAAUAUACCAAAUCUGGAGAAACUGGCUACAUCUUUAUACACCUUAUUGCGGUAGACUUCUCUUUUGUAUUCUAUUGAACUGUUAGUGUUUUAACAACAGGAGUUUAUUUGGAUAUAAUAUAAUGCUAUCUGUUUAGUACCAUCAUGCUCCACUACCAACGGUUGCUUAUCAAACCUAAAGUAUGUUUCUUACAAAUACCUGAGGUUUCUGUUCCUUUUGUCAUAUGCAGGUUUCAUUUCACCCAAUCAACCAUGGAGUCACCAUGACAUUUAGUUUGUUUGUUUGUUGGUUUGUUUGUUGGUGUUGUGUUUGCCCAUGUGACCCCACUCUGUGAAGUGCAUGUUUAUUUGUACUCAUAUGAUGAUGUACCCAAUAAUGACUUUGGCUGGUGUUUCCCCUGUCAGAUGGUGUGGUGAUCCUCUAUGAGAGGUUAUUGGUAAUGGCUAUUGUUCUCACCACCAUGCGUGGCCAACUUUAACAGACACACUGAAGGCACAACCACAGUCAUAUUCCCUUGGGGCAGUGGAGGACAUUUCCAUGGCUAGAUUCCCUCCAGGCUUCAGUGUACACUAGCGGUUAUGCCCACAGCACAUCUCAGGAGAUUCACCAGCAAAAUGAGAGGAAUGUUUUCAGUCAUUUUUUUCCACUGUCAUAUCAGGAAAUGUUUUGUAAACAUAUAAAACUUCUUUUCCUCAUUUUCAAAUAAAUAUACAGGGCAGAAUGUAAGGUGUUUUCUGUUAAUGGUAAGGGGGUCUCACACUAUGGUCAGAUCUCUGUACAUCACAUGCGUAUGUCCAUACCUUAACAAACCAGCUCCCUUUACUCUGAUCAGAUAUAACACCUCACUUAUAUGCCAUGCCUAGCCACAGACUCAAACAAUUAAGAAUGAUAAAGAUCAAUUAAAGAACUUCUGAACCACAAAAAACAAUGUGGGUCCACAACUGCAGGCAUCCUACGUUUGAGUGAGCUAUUUGUUUUCUCUAAAGCGUAGUGAGCGUUCACGUGUUACAGCUGAAUAGACAUAGAGUAACGGCACAAUAGGGAGGCUUCUCUCCUUGUCUCACAAGAAAGACAAUUAUAAGGAUUACACAAUGGUCUUAAAGCAUCUUUCUGCCCCCUGGCUCUGUGCAAAGUAAGACUUUGUGAAUUACAGGCACUGUAUGUGCCAUCACCUUAUCACACAAAUAAAAUAUGUCUUUAUACAAUGGACUCUUUCUGACUUGGGCCUGAUUGGUUGUAUGUAAGAGUGUAUUGGCAAAUGAGGACAGGAUAUCCAGUGCUAUAUGUUCUCUCACCAUUUAUUAGUUCACCAAGUACAGUGAAAAUGGUAUCAUAAUAUACAAUGAAUCAUUCUUAGAAUGUCAUGACAUUUUGUUGCUUUUUUUGCUUCAUAAAACGAUGUUCCAUUAUUGAAAAUUGUAAGGUAUCAUGCACAACAACCCAUAAUCAGAUUCUUUAAAAGAAUGGUACAAAA